AUGGAAGAAGAUCAAAGUAUAUAAAUAUUUUAAUCAUCAUUAGACUUAGUCUCGUUAUCAUUGCUCAAUGAUGAGUAGGAUUAGAAAUUGCUAGAAAAAAUUUCUAACAAGAGUAAAAAAAUUUUCAAAAUUGUCUUUCCAAAUAAGUAUUUAUUAUUAUUAGUAUUCUUUUAGUAAAUAAUUAAUAAAAUACAAAAUCUAUAAUAGGAAGGAAAAAAGUUUAGAGGAAUUAAGUAAAAAAUUUGUUCGAUGUCUUAUUGAUUAUGAUGAGAAAAUUAUUUGUUUGGAUUAAAUUACAGAAGAAUUGGGUAUUAUAUUUUAUAAACAUAGGUGUUGAAAGAAGAAGAAUAUAUGAUAUAAUAAAUAUAUUAGAAAGCUUAUAAGUAGUGAAAAGAAAAUGUAAAAAUAAAUAUAGUUGGAGUGGAUUCAAAACUAUUUAUUAAACAAUUGAAUAAGUAUUAUAAUAUAUAUUAAUUUUAGUAUGCAAACAAAUAAGCUAAUUUUGAUAUGAUAUCACAUAAGAGAGAAAAAUCAUUGGAAGUACUCUCAGCUGGAUUUAUUAAGCUAUUUAUGCAACAAAAAUCUAUUUGGACUUUGGAAGAAGCUGCUAAAUAUUUAGGAAAUGAAGUUGAUUAAAAUAAACUUAAAACAAAAGUAAGAAGGUUAUAUGAUAUUGCAAAUGUCUUAAAAUCUAUUGGUUUAAUUAAGAAAACGCAUUUGGUAUCCUCAAAAAAACCUGCAUUUUAAUGGGUUGGUAAGGAAGGUUUAAAGUAAUUUUAACAUAAUUUAAAAUAACAAGAAUAAAAAAAUAAAGCUCAAGAAACAAAAGAAAAUGUAAUCAUUCAACCUACUCCUUAAAAUUAAAAUGUUAAUAAACCUGAUAGUUUUAAUACAUACAAUUCAUAUUUUGGUAAAUGUAUAGAUUUGCUUAUCUAAUAAUAAUUAAAUGAUAGAAAAUAAUAGACAGAAUAAAAAAUUAAAGAACAAAAUUAGAAUCAAGUCACAGUUAUUACUCCAAAAUUAAGAAAAACAUACACAAUUAUUGUAAUUUAAUAAAAUUUAUAUAUUAGCCUCCUAGAGUAACAACCCCAAAAAAGGCUUUGUCAAUAACCCCCAAAAAAAAUUAAUCUAAUAGUCAUACUCCUAAUAAUAAUAAAACUGUAGUUGGUUCUCUUAUUGGAAAGUUUAAUUAAAACAUAUGA